GAUAAUGACGGUAGGGACAAUGAUGACGGUUGGGUUGAUAAAGUUGAAGAGCUCGAUCCUGAUGAGCGACCCACGCUGGAAAAGAGUAUUCUUCCUGUGAAGUUAGCCCUUGUGAAGCUCCGUAGACUCGCAUACAAAGUUAUACAUUUGACAACUAUAGUCCUCCCAGCGUGGCAUAAGAUUCUUGAAGACUUGCAGGCGCCCAUCACUCUCAUGCCACAUGAUGUUUCGACCCGCUGGAACUCCACAUUCGAUAUGUUGGAUUAUGUGAUUGAGCAUCGGGAGGCUGUUGAUGUUGUGACUCAACAUCGAGAUCUCGGUCUG